AAAAAGAUUUUUUUUUGUGUAGUUUGUAAAUGCACCCGCAAAAACGUAAACAAAGCUACUGAGCUGAUCGUCGAUCUAAAAUUUUGCGUGGUAAAACAGUGUCGUGAGCUUGAUUUUGCUAAUCCGUAAUGUAAUACUGUUGCAGUAGAUAAGUGAUGUGUUGACACUGCAGUGGUAGAGCUAAUGUUCAAGUAUAUUUUACUUUUUUUUUGAGCUUGUUUAAAAUGUUUGCUUUUAGAGCAGUAUCGUUUGUUUAUUAUAUAUAUAUUUUUUCGGUGUUGUAUUUUAUAAAUUGUAGUAAUGCAGAGAGUAGUAAAGGACAUACAAGUGUCAGUCGCUCACAAAGGAGUAUUCAAACUGUAAAUCGCAACGAGGUUUCCAAAACUAAACUCAUAAAUGAAUCUGAGUGUAUUGCAGACAUUAAAAGGUUAUGUGGAACUUUACCUCCAAACUCCGACGAUUUAUUUGUGUUGGAAUGUAUCCAGUCUUUCAAGGCAAACGAGCUGAGCUCGAUCAGCGAAGUGUGCCAGCACAAAAUAUGGGUUCAUACGACGGACCUGGUGAGCGACGACAACUUGGUGAAGCUGCUCGACAACGCGUGCUCCCAGGACUCGGUCGUGAAGAAGUGCAGCAGCUCCGGCGGCAGCCUGCUGGCGUGCCUGAUCGACCGCCGUGAGAGCAUUACGUACUUGCCGUGCAAGGCCUUCAUCCAGCGCCUCGAGUGGGUUGUCUUCAGCGAUUUCCGAACCAUCUCCUCCUUUGUGAGCGAGUGCCGGGCCAGCAUAGAGAAGUUUCAGUGCGGUCGCCUGCCAUCUGAAGAGCCGGUGUCCCAGGGCAGGACGCUGGCCUGCCUGCAGCAGCGCGUGGACGACCUGGAGCCCCGGUGCCAGAAGCAGGUGCUCCACCUGUCCGAGGUGCAGGCGGACGACAUCAAGCUGGACCGCCAGCUGUACCUCGCCUGCCAGCCGGACCGCCUGCGCCUCUGCCCCGACAUCCCCCCCGGCAGCGAGGACGUGUACCGCUGCCUCAUGCAGCACCGGCUCGACCGCACCCUGAGCGCGGAGUGCCAUGAACAACUGCUGCGUCGCCAGAAACUGAUUGCUCGUGACUACAAAGUGAGCAAGGGGCUUGCCAGGUCUUGCAAGGAAGACAUACGACUGAACCACUGCCGGCGAUUAGUCUCCGACGAUAAGGAAAUCAGGCUUGCUCAAAUUUUACUCUGCCUUGAAGGUGUCAUACGGAAUGGUUCUAAAGUGUCGCAAGAUUGUCAAGUGGAAAUGGUGGAGCACAGAAAGAUUUUGAUGGAAGACUAUCGAUUGUCUCCAGAAAUAGUGUCUCAGUGCUCGUCUGAUAUCUCCAAGUUCUGCAGUGGAGGUUUGGAAGUGGGGGGCAAAACCAUCCACUGCCUGAUGGACCAUGUGCGGCCCAGGAAGAGGAAGGAGCGAGUUUCUUCUCCGUGUCAGAGGGCGUUGGAAGUGCUGGUGAAGGAAGCAGACGUGGGCGAGGACUGGCGAGUGGACCCCGUCCUGAGGGAGGCCUGCCGGCCGGUGGUGCAACGCAGCUGCCGGGACAUUAGAGGCGGCGAUGCCCGGGUGAUGACGUGCCUGAUGGAGAAACUCGGCACGGACUACAUGACCCCUGACUGCGAAGCCGCGCUGAUCGAGAUACAGUACUUCGUGGUGCGCGACUUCAAGCUGGACCCCCAGCUGUACCGCAGGUGUCGCGAGGACGCUGUGAAGCUCUGCCAUGCCAAGAAGGCGUGGACGGAUGACGGGCAGAUGGACCCGGAGCGUGGCCCCCUUGUGCUGCCCUGUCUCUACAGAUACGCGUACCACGCGCAGGAUAAGAUGAGGUUGAAGGCGGAGUGCCUGGAAGAGAUCCGGCGGGUGAUGAGGCAGCGGGCAGUCAGCGUGGACUUGCAGCCGGAGGUGGAGGAGGUGUGUCUCGAGAACCUGGCGUCCAUGUGCUCCGACAAGGUCAACAAAGGAGAAGAGAUGGUUUGCCUGCAAGACAAUCUCGAGAGCCUGACGCCGGAGUGCCGGCAGGCGGUGUCGAACUUCACUGAGGAGCAGGCGCGGCAUGUGGAGCUGAACCCCGUGCUGACGUCGACGUGCCAGGCGGUGAUGGAGAAGCACUGCGCGGCGGUGCUGCAGACGGGCCGCGAUGAGGGCGACGUCAUGGAGUGCCUGGUGGAGCACAAGAACGAGCCGGACGUGCGCAGCAGCUACAAGUGCCGUGCGGCCAUCGAGCACUUCCAGCUCAUCUCGCUCAAGGACUACCACUUCACCUACAAGUUCAAGGAGGCCUGUCGCCCGCACGUCAUCCGCUACUGCCCCGGCGCGCGUACAAAGCUGGAGGUGAUCACCUGUCUGAGUGAGCACGUUCGCAAUGACACGAUCCACGACGCCAAGCACACCAUCCCCAGGGACUGCCGCCAGCAGCUGAGGGCCCAGCUCUUCCAGCAGCGGGAGAACAUCAACUUCGACCCGGGCCUCAGGGGGGCCUGCUUCUUGGACAUCAAGAAGUUCUGCCCCGGCACUGUGGAGGGGGCUGGCCAAAUCUUGGAGUGCCUGCAGAUCAACGUGAAGAACUUGUCGCCUGACUGUCACAAGGCCAUCUUCAACGUGGAGAAGCAGGAGCUUCUGGACAGCUCGAGUGACUAUGUGCUCAUCACCAAGUGCAGACAGAUGAUCAGGCAGUUCUGCCAUGAGGAAGACCAGUCCCAUGCUCUCGAGUGCCUGAAACGCUUCAAAGAUGAAAUGACGUUCGACCCCAAGUGCAAGGUGGUGGUGGUUCGUCGAAUGAUCGAACAAAACCAGGACUACCGCUUCAACCCUCUACUUCAGAAAGGCUGUCACUUGGAUAUUCCGAAAUUCUGUGCUGACGUGGUGGCAUCGGAACCUCAAGACAAGGAACUAGAAGGGAAGGUCAUAAAGUGUCUCAAGGUGAAGUUUCGGGAGCGUAAGCUGCGAACAGAAUGUGAGCUACAGAUGGCUACAAUCCUUCGUGAGGCAGCUCUCAACUAUCACUUGAAUCCUCUGUUGGCAGCAGUGUGUAAGGAGGAGAUCAACACGAUGUGCAAGGGGAGCGAGGACGAGGACGGCUCGGGGGAGGUGGAGGAGUGCCUGAAGAACGCCUUCCACAGCCACCGCCCCAUGAAGCCCAGCUGCCGCGAAGAGGUGGCGGGCAUCAUCGAGGACGCCAAGGCGGACAUCCACGUGGACCCCUUGCUGCACCAGGCGUGCGGCGUGGACGUCACCAAGUUCUGUGGCGACAUCCCGCAGGGCGCGGGCAGACAUAUUCAAUGCUUACAAAAUGUUCUCCAAGAUUCAACAAAAUCUCUACAACCGAAGUGUGAAGAGAUGCUCACAAAACGAAUAGAAAUGUUCAAAUAUGCUGCUCUGGUGGUUGAUCCACAGAACAUCCAUGAGUUGUACACUCAGGUGGCAAACUCCCCAGCUCGAAGGUACUUCCUCAUUGUGUCACUCACAAUAGUUGGACUUAUAUUCAUAAUGGGACUGUUCUGUGGCCGUGCUACCAAGCGAACAUUGCUAAUGAAGAACAAGUAACCUUCACAACAUGAGGAGUAAAUGGAAGGAAUUUUUAUACAUGCCCUAGUCUUCAAUCUUUAAAGGGAAAGAAAUUACUGCAUAUUUUAUACGUACCAGAGGCAAAAAGACUUCUUUGAUUUGGUCAUUUAUGUUGGAUGUAAGCAUAAUGCUUCAUAGUUGACACCUUGCUGAAAGCAUGGUAUAAGUUAAGACUACAAAUUUGGUACUCCCAAACUAGACAGUAUUGUUUCUUGGUUUAGUGAUGAAUUAUUGCAUCUUUCAUCUAUGUACCCAUGUGUUUCGUGGAAGCUUUUAUUUUCUUUUGCAUUAGAGUGAGACUUGAAUGUGUAAUAAUUGGUGUUGAGUUGAUUCGAAUCCUGGAAUCAGCCGAUUCCAUCAGUUCCAGUUCAGUUGACAGAUUCAGAAUUCAGUGGUUUUUGGAAUCGAAGCUGAUCAAUUAUCCUCUUUUAGUUUGUGAGAGUAUAGUGUUUUUUUAUAAGGGGAUUAAUGUUGGUUCGUGAUACCUUAAAUUAGAAUAUUUUUCUGAUUAAUCUGACUUUCUGAUAAUUGGUAUAUUUAAUUACUGAGAUCUUGCAAACAAUUUAUGUUUUCGCUGAUUAAUCAAGGAAUAGGCAAUGGUGUGUGGUUAAAUUUAAAACUUUUUGUUCAGUUGACAAAAAGUUUUCUAUUUUUUUUUUUUUUUUCAAUUAAUAUGUCAUAUUUCUUUUGUUUGGAAAUUCUCUUAAAUAGUAAGUUUGAGUGAAAGCUAUAUUUCCCAAAUUAAUAAACAAUAAUUCUUCUUACUUUUCAACGAAAGUUACUAUUGUAGGUACAGUGAAAUCUCAUUUCAAGCAUCGAUAAACCCAUGAUUUGAGUUUUAAAAAUGAAAGUAGAUUGCAUUGAACUGAUAAUGAAUCCAUAACAUUUCACAAGGAUCUUAAAAUAUCUACUUUAAGAAAUCCUAUUUUAUAACGAGGUUCCACUGAUCAUUCUUUAGAGGGUGCUAUGAAGGGCAUAAGUCUUACAUCAACCAGUUUGACUUGUAUUUAUGCCAUUGAACAGUUAAGAAAGCAUUACAUCUUUUUUUUUUUUUUUACUUCAAAUGGCAUUGCAAUAUAAUCCAAUUAUUUUAAGGUUUGUGAUACCAAGAUAUAACAUGUGCAUUAUUGUCACAGUUUAAAAAAAGGAAAAGAAA